AUGGGGCUGCGCGAGGGCGGAGGCUGCACCCCGCGCCCCCCGAUCCGCCCGCAGCCCGCGUCCGAGCGCCGCGUGCUCACCGUGCUCUUCCUCGGUCUCCUGCUGGACCUCCUGGCCUUCACGCUGCUGCUGCCGCUGCUGCCCGGGCUGCUGGAGGCGCACGGCCGCGCCCAGGACCCUCUCUACGGCUCGUGGCAGCGCGGCGUGGACUGGUUCGCCGCGGCCAUCGGGAUGCCGGCCGAGAGGCGCUACAACAGCGUCCUGUUUGGAGGUGUGGUGGGCUCCGGCUACUCCGCCCUGCAGUUCCUGUCGGCCCCGCUCUCGGGCGCCGCCUCUGACCGCCUGGGGAGACGCCCGGUGAUGCUGCUGUGUCUGGCAGGUCUAGCCACCUCCUAUGCCGUGUGGGCCGCCUCGCAGGGCUUCGCCGCUUUCCUGGCCUCCAGGGUGAUUGGAGGCAUCAGCAAGGGCAACGUCAACCUGUCCACUGCCAUUGUCGCGGACCUGGGCUCGCCGGAGGCCCGGGGCCGAGGCAUGGCCGUCAUCGGGGUGGCCUUCUCGCUGGGCUUCACACUGGGUCCUCUGCUGGGGGCCUCCCUGCCCAUGGAGGCGGCACCCUGGCUGGCGCUGUUCUUCGCCACAUCGGAUCUGCUCUUCGUCUUCUGCUUCCUGCCGGAGACGCUGCCCCCAGAGCGGCGGGCGCCCUCCGUCACUCCGGGGUUCCGAGCCACCAUGGACUUGCUCAGCCCCCUGGCCCUGCUGCACUUCUCGGCUGUGGCCCGCGGUCAGGACCCACCAGCCGGCCACAGGAUCCGCAGCCUGCGUCGCCUGGGCCUGGUCUACUUCCUCUACCUCUUCCUCUUCUCGGGCCUGGAGUACACGCUCAGCUUCCUGGCCCACGAGCGCUUCCAGUUCAGCAGCCUGCAGCUGGGGAAGAUGUUCUUCUCCAUCGGCCUCACCAUGGCCGCCGUCCAGGGCGCCUACGCCCGGCGCGUCCGCCCGGGCCGGGAGCUCGCGGCAGUGAAGCGGGCCAUCCUGCUGCUGGUGCCCGCCUUCCUGCUCCUCGGCUGGGGGCGCUCCCUGCCCCCGCUGGGCCUGGGGCUGCUGCUCUACUCCUUCGCGGCCGCUGUGGUGGUACCCUGCCUGUCCUCCGUGGUCGCCGGCUAUGGCUCAGCAGGGCAGAAGGGCACCGUCAUGGGCACGCUGCGGAGUCUGGGCGCCCUGGCCCGGGCGGUGGGGCCCAUUGUGGCUGCCUCGGUGUACUGGCUGGCCGGCGCUCGGGUCUGCUUCAGUGCGUGUGCGGGCCUCUUCCUGCUGCCGUUCCUGCUCCUGCGGGGUCUGCAGCCAGUGCCCCUCAAGGACGAGUAG